AUGUUCGCAUUCCCUGAUCAAGAGACAGUGAGAGAUGUCGUGUAUCAGUUGCCUCGAGUCGGUGUUGGAGUGAAGUAUGGUCUGCCUCAAAGCCGAAAGACUAGUCUUAUGACACCACGUCAGCUAUUUAAGCAUUCUGACAUGUGUUUGAAAUGGCAAAAGCGUGAAAUUUCCAAUUUCGACUACUUGAUGUUUCUAAAUACGGUGGCUGGUCGUACGUUCAACGAUCUGAAUCAGUAUCCCGUGUUCCCUUGGAUUCUCACCAACUACACAUCCGAUCAUCUCGAUCUAAAUAUAGCAGCGAAUUUCCGCGAUCUUUCAAAGCCCAUUGGCGCGUUAUCAGAGUCUCGUCGAAAGUUUUUCCAAGAACGUUACACGUCAUGGGACGAUGAGACGAUACCGGCGUUCCACUAUGGCACUCACUACUCCACGCAAGCCUUCACCUUGAACUGGCUUAUCAGAGUGGAACCAUUUACGACCAUGUUCCUCGAUAUGCAAGGUGGCCGAUUUGAUCAUCCUGAUCGAGUAUUUCACAGCAUUGCUGAGACGUGGGAGCACUGUCAGAAGGACUCACACGAUGUCAAAGAACUCAUUCCGGAGCUCUUCUAUCUUCCGGAGAUGAUGCGAAACAACAACGGAUUCGAGUUGGGCACAAGAUCGGAUGGAGUUAAGAUAUCUGAUGUCCUUCUACCCAAAUGGGCCUCGUCACCCGAACAGUUUCUACUCCUUCAUCGUCAAGCACUCGAAAGCGACCUUGUGAGCUGCCAACUGAAUCAGUGGAUAGAUUUAAUUUUUGGGUACAAACAGAAAGGACCUGAGGCGGUUCGGGCCACGAAUGUAUUUUAUUACCUCACAUAUGAGGGCGCAGUUUCUCUAAAGUCUAUAGAGAGUGCAACACAUCUAGAGGCGAUUCAACAACAGAUCGCCUCUUUUGGUCAGACUCCGGCGCAACUGCUUGCAGAAGCGCAUCCGCCGCGUCAUUCAGUGAUGACCAUGGUUUGCAUUACUCUGGUUUCUUGA